AUGUAAUUCCAGAAAAUAUUGGUGUCAACGCAACUGGAGAAUUAUUGUUGAAACCUGACCUUAGUACACUCAUACAUUCACCUUAUAAUCCUAAACAUGCAAAUGUCCAAGUUUUCUUUGAAAAUAAAUUGACACCAGCAGACCCUCAAUUUGGAAAGAUUGAUAAUUUAUCUAAUUCUUUGGCUUUCCCACUUUGCCCUAGAACUUGUCUUAAAAAUAUUAUUGAAUCUGCUCGUAAGGAGCUUGGUAUCACUUUUUUGGUUGGAACCGAAUUUGAGUUCGUCUUACUCAAAGACCUCACACCUCCGGUGCCCAUUGAUGAUACUGUUUAUGCUGCGGCUGGUUCUUUUCGUGUUUCUGAUUCAGUUGAAAUUUUGGAUAGGAUGGUUGAGUCUUUACAGGAGCAAGGAAUUGAUGUCGAACGAUUUCAUUCUGAUGUAGCGCCAGGCAAAUUUGAAAUCGUCACCACAGCAGAAAGCCCAUUGAUUGCAGCAGACAAAGUUGUUGUAACACGUCAAACAAUAUAUGAUGUUGCUGCUCAGGCUGGUGUAAAAGCAACGUUUGUGCCUAAACCUUUUAAGGAACAAGUGGGAACUAGCGCGCACGUGCAUCUUUCUUUCAAAGAAAUUGACAAGCCUCAGAAAAUUGAUGAUGAUCACCCUUCAGAAUUAUCUCCAUAUGAGAAGUCAUUCAUUGCUGGUGUGCUGCAUCACAUCAAGGCAAUUUGUGCUUUUACUUUGCCGACAGACCUCUCCUAUGCGUGCAUGGCUAAUAACCAGGCCGGAUCUUGGAUCUGUUGGAGUACUGAGAAUCA